UACAGAUUUUUGUUAUAACUGAAAAUAUUCUCGGAUAUUAAAAGUCGAAUUUCCUCUCGUUUUCGUUAGAAUUGCUGGCAAAUGUUUAGAAAUUGUACAAUUAGAAGUAGUUAAUUGUGUAAAUACGCUGCAGAAUGAUAAUACAGGAGCCUGUUCAGGCUGCCAUUUGGCACUGUUUGAAUCACUAUGCCUACCAAGAUGCAAUAUUUCUAGCGGAGCGAUUGUGUACUGAAAUUGAGACAGAGGAAAGUCUGUUUUUGUUGGCGACUUGUUAUUAUCGUUCGGGACAAGUGCAUCAGGCGCAUUGGUUGCUUAACAACAAAGGAGCAAAGUCGCCUGAAUGUCGUUUUCUCAUGGCAAAAUGCGCGUAUGAGCUGAAACAGUUGAAUGACGCUGAAAAUUACCUGUCGCAAGACGAUCAUCACAUCAAUGCCGCAACCUUGGAUGCCGUCACGAAGGAAUUCGGCGAUAUUGCGUGUUUCGCACUGCAACUCCUUGCAAAGAUAUGCCAAAAGACAGAACGAGCCUCCUUGGCGAGCGAUGCUAGUCGGAAAGCGAUAAAGCUGAAUCCGUUUCUCUUUCAAACGUUCAUGGAUUUGUGUGAUCGCGGCGAAAGACCCGACCCCAAGCAAGUUUUCACGAUAAACGACGCCGAAAUCUUCCAAACGACACAAGCGACGCAAGGCUUGUCAUGGUUCGGGCUCGGAAAUCACAUGGGAGGCACAGCAAAUGGCGAUGCCAUGAACUACUUAGAUCUGCUAAACACGAGUUCAGCUGCGGCGGCGCAUAUUUUGGGCACUCCGCAACCCAUGGACAAAACGUGUGCGGAUCUCCAGACACCGUUACAGCGCGAAAUGACGGCAAUUCACAUAAAUUUGGAAAGUUCGCCGCCCGUUAUCAUGGAUGAGACGCCAAAUCCGCCGAGUUCGAGACCUCUGGAAACCCCUUUUAGGAAACAAUUCAAAUAUUUGUCGUCAAUGUCGCCGCACAGUCCGAGUUUUGGUGUGUUACCGAUCAUGAAUACGCCCGCAAAUGUCGACGUUUCGCCCGCAAGUCACGCCGAAACGCUACAGCUGCUGACAGAUAGCCAAAAAGCGAAUAAUCACAAAAAGCUGAAGGGACAAGUGAUAAAUACGCGAAAAGAGCAGCCGCUGCAAUCGAGUAAGCAGAUGGUUUUCGGGCAAACGGGAGCGAAUAUUGGCACGCCAAAGACCCCGAGUGCGCUUGGGGGACAAAAUGUGCGACGCAGCUCGCGAUUGUUUAGUAAUAAUUAUUCCGUGAAGGAAAAUAACAAAAGUCCCAAUAUAAAUAAGUUUGCGGCGCCGCGUUCGCCGCCGCGCAAGUCAAAGACACGAUCGAAAAUUAAUUUAAGUAACACAAUUAACUUUGAAUUGAAUGAGAAGGCGGACAAGGAGAAGCUUCAGCAGGAAAAUGUGCCCGUGCAAGUCGUUCAAGAUCAAAAGGUUCUCAUUAACAACAGUAUCAAUAAUGCUCAGAGUUUUGCUCAACAGCUCCUUCACAUGAAAAAACAAAGCGCGGAAGGCUUAAUGACGCUCCUGCGUGACUUGGGUCAAGGAUAUUUGCAUCUGGCGCACUACGAGUGUCAAGAAGCGAUCAAAUGCUUCGAAGAAGUCCCGUUGCAACACACGCAAAGUAGUUGGGUCCAAAGUCAAAUCGCGAUGGCGCAUCACGAGCAACGACAAUACGAGACUGCCGUCAAAAUAUUCCAAGAAAUCCAUGAUCGCGAGCCGCAUCGUCUCGAAAUGAUGGAGAUUUACAGCACGGGCUUGUGGCAUUUACAGAAAGACGUCAUGUUAUCAGCACUCGCGCAAGAUCUGAUGGCGCAAAAUAAAGAAUCGCCGAUCACGUGGUGUGCUGCGGGCAAUUGUUUCAGUGCGCACAAAGAACACGAAACGGCAAUCAAGUUUUUCCAGCGCGCCAUUCAAGUAGAUCCGGAUUUCGCGUACAGCUACACCCUUUUGGGACACGAACUCGUACUAACGGAGGAGUUGGACAAGGCACUGAGCUAUUUCCGUACCGCAAUUUUGCAUAGUCCGCGUCAUUAUAACGCCUGGUUCGGCAUCGGGACCGUUUUUUCGAAGCAGGAACGUUACCAACUCGCGGAAAUUCAUUACACGAAGGCACUGCAGAUAAAUCCGAAGAAUUCCGUACUCAUGGUGCACAUUGGCGUGAUGCAAUUUUUCCUGAAUAAGGUUCAAACGGCAUUGCAAACACUCAAUCAAGCCAUCCAACUGGACCCGAAAAACCCGCUGAGCAAAUUCCAUCGUGGCUCGAUGUAUUUCAGCAUCGGCAAGUAUCAGGAGGCGUUGCGGGAACUCGAAGACUUGAAGCAAAUUGUGCCGAAGGAGAGCGUCGUGUACUAUUUGAUCGGAAAAAUCCACAAAAAACUCGGAAAUACCGAUUUGGCGCUCAUGUAUUUCAGCUGGGCCACGGAUUUGGAUCCCAAGGGGGCAAACAAUCAAAUCAAGGACAACUUUGACUCGAUCAUUCGCACGCAAGACACGACAAUUAGUGGGCCCAGUAGUGCGGGCAGCAAUCAAGAUGCCAAUCAGAGUGUCACGGAAGGCGGCGUCGAUGGCGAAGCAAAUGCGAGUGCCGAAACGCCCGUUUAUUCGAUGCGAAGUGAAGGCGGUUUGGGUUCUGCUUCGAUGCACGACAGUCGGAAUAACGUGGAUUACGAUAGUGAUAGUUUCUAAAUUUCUCCCCGAAUCAUCAAAAAAGCUUUAUUUUGUACUUUUUUUUUUUGGUUGAACAUUUUUUUCUCAUCUCGCGUCUCUCUUUCCCCCGAAUCAUCAAGUAGAAAAAUAAAUCAUUAAAUUUA